GUAGCCUUUUAGCUCACAGAUUACCUGCAGAAAGGAAAAAUCUUUCAGAGUACAUUAUGACUAGAACUACCACCGCUGUAUUCCUUGCCCUUGUCUUCGCUGCAGGCAUCGUCCAGGGAUUACUAACCGAGAUGACUGGGCGUUGUCUUUGCAAACAAAGUGGCUUAAGUUUUGUUCAAAGAAAAUUGAUUGAAAAAAUGGAAGUAUACCCGAUAAGCCAGUCAUGUGAUCACAUUGAAGUUAUUGUAACGAUGAAGAAUUCUGGAAAGAAAAUAUGUCUGAACCAUCAGUCAAAAUGGGUGCAGAAGAUCAUCAAUGCUAUAGACAAGCAAAGAUUUUCAUAAUUGAUGUUGUGAUGAAAAUGGAAAAUGAAAACUGUCACAACAGAUUCCCAAAAGUGAAAAGAUAUUGAUCAAAUUAUGG